UAAAAUUUUCAUUUACAAUUUUGAAGCAGACGAAAUCGUACAGAUUUGUGACUAUAGUCUCGUUCAAAUUCAAGACGUAUAACUUCGUUAUUAUAUUUUUUUUAUAAAAAAAAAUUUCCUUUUUAAAAAUUACAAAAUUCAAAGUAAAUUCAUAUCGUGAAUAAAAAUAACUAGAGAAAUCGUUCCACCGUUGAAACGAAUACACGCCCGUGAGCACAGUGAUAAUACGCAUAAAAAGUACAAAAAAUCGUCGAUUCAAAGUGAACACAGCAAUAACCCACGCGAAAAUACACAAAUAUAUAUAUUCGCACGUAUAUAUAUUAUAUAUAUAUUUGAAGAACCAUGCAUCGCCGAGGCUUUGCUCUGCCCAAAUACGCGCUGUGUAUUAAGAGAAGUUCUCUGAGCGCGGUUGAGCGGUAUGAACUGAACCAGUGGCUGGAGGAGCAUCACAUUAGCUCAUCGAACCUGCGACGAGCCUUCACCGAUGUGCAACCCCUGGCCCGACUGUUGCAUCGUUAUUAUCCCGAAAUUAUUGAUCUCAAAAUCUACCCGCCAGUGAAUAGUGUGCACAACAAGGUGUGUAACUGGGAGACAUUUAACCGGCGCGUCCUGUCCAAACUGGGCCUGCAGUUGACUCGGGAGCAGAUGAUUCGUGUUGCCCGCAGCGUGCCCGGCUCUGUGGAUCAGCUGCUGUAUAGCAUAAUGCGUGUCCAUCGGGCAGCAGAGCAGAAGGCGCGCGAGCAGCGUGUCAGCACCGAGGAAGAGGAUGAGUCGACAACGGCAACUUUGCAGCCAUCUGGUGGAACGGACGAGGCCAAGUCCAACGAACGGAAACCACUGACCCUGCCCGUUCCCGUGCCGUUGCCGACGACCUUGUCCUUCAGUUUGUCGCAGGCCAACAGGCAGAAUAUUGACGAAGUCAAUCAACUGAUACCGACCGCAUACGCAGUGAGGAGCCUGAGGCAGGCAGCGUCCGCAACUCCAUCGACGACUGUGAAGAGUGCGUCCAUGUCACGAGGUGGCAUACCCACGGGCGCUAGCACCACUGGACGUUCGGGUCGCACUAAGCGGCAUUCGCUGAACAGACGCUCCUACACAACAACGCCAACUGUCGAGCUGCCAGCAGGAGAGACAGCGGCCAUCGGAGGUGCAAUGCCAGAAGCAGCUGCGGCAGUCCCACAAACAAUGGCAACAGCAUCCCGACAAAGAGGCCGUUAAGAAGUUGCAGCGUCGGAACGCUCGAAUCGCUCGUUACGACCAGUGGAGCGCUCAUCUGGAGAACAUGCUGCAGCUGAAGUGCGAACGGAUCGAUGAGCUGCAGCGCCAGGUGGCCGUUGCCAUGUUGGCCACCCGCCAACAGAGUCGACGAUCGAGGCACAAGAAGCGUCAGGUCCCAACAACGAUUGGUGGGAUGCUAGAGGCUUCUAAAAGACUGUAGAUGCAUACACACACCCACACAUACACAUAUAUAUAUAUAUACUUGCAUACACACAAUCACAAAGAAACACUGACAUUCCCACUUCUGAAUCAAUCGAUCCCAGUGUUCAUACCUCUCUGCUCGCAUAUAUACAUAUAUAUAUAUAUUGUACACAUAUACACAUGUAUAUAUAUACAUUUAUAUAUAUCUCUUUAUAUAUCCUUAUAUGUCCCUAUAUGUAUGCAGUCUAUAUAUGUAUAUCGCAUUCAAGGCUACUUUAUCUUCUCUACCAAAUUUCGGUUCAAUCUAUCAUAUCUCUGAUUUGUCCAUAGCAUAAUUCAAAUUCGGGUCGCACAUUUCUUUCGGCACAAACUUUAUAGAGACAGUCACCCAACCUAACAAACGCCCUCCUCCCCUGAUUUAGACCAAUAUCUAAACAAAAACAAAAACAAACAAAAAACGAACAAAAACCUAACCUGACAAUACAAUACAUUUUUUUUGUAAAUUUAACC